UGAGUGAGGAAGUAUCUCCGGGGUGCAUACUCCAAACAUACGGCACUAUCCCACUGAGUCGCCCUGUGCUAAAAUCCGUUCUGUUCCACGAUCAAAUCGAGUGGUCUUUAAUUGGGGGAUUAGCAGGCGGUUCUUCAGGGCUCACCUCAGGAAUAUUAGUGGUGGUUGAAAGAUGUACUCUGCCGCAUAUACCAACGAGAACCACCAUGCUGAGCGGGUGGACUUCUUGACCAAUCGGGAUAAGAGUCCGUCGAAGAAGAGGACGACGGGGGUGGUGAUCGGCGUUCUGCUGGGCGUCCUGGUCCUGUCCGCCGUCGCCGCCUUCCUCAUCUGGUUCUUCGCCUUCAAAGACGCCACAGAAGGCGGGAGAAUCAGCAAGCGCCGGGCAGGAGCCGUGCAGGUGUUCAGCGGGCACCUUACGCUGGAGAACGUGGAGUACGAUCAGAAGCUUGAGGACACCCGGAGCCCGGAGUUCGGGGCCCUGGCGGAUGACCUGGAGGAGAUCAUGGCGGCCACUUACAAGAAGGAUCCAUUCCUCGCCGAAUAUUACACCAAGUCUAUGAUCACCGCAUUCAGUGAGGGCGUGGUGGCGUACCAUUGGGCCCAGUUCGACAUCCCGCCCAGCGACCUGGAGGUGCUGCCCGAGUUCACGGAGGAGCUGAUCCAGGAGAAGCUCUGGACCGGAGUGCAGGAGCACGGCAGGAAGAGCCGGCAGAACAUCCAGAUCAAGGAGGUCACCGCCUCGUACACGGAUCCUCGGAUGGCCAGGAAUUCCAGAGCACAGGAGUGCUUCUCCCGCCUGGAGGCCACAGACGUUGUGCAGACCUUCGAUUCCCCGGGCUUUCCCGUGAAAUACCCGGCCAAGUCACGCUGCCAGUGGCAGAUCCGCGCGCCGGAGAACCACGCCAUCUCCCUCCGCUUCACCCAGUUCCACGUGGAGGACGACUGCUCCAACGACUUUGUCUCCAUCUACGACUCGCUGAGCCCCGACAGCUCUCAGGCCAUCACAGAGAAGUGUGGUCAGAGACCUCCCAGCAACCCUCUCCAGGUGGUCUCCUCCAGCAACAUCCUGCUGGUCAACCUCAUCACCGACAGCUCGACCCAGAGGCCCGGCUUCAGGGCUGAGUACAGCCUGAUACCGAUAUCCACACCCAAAAGCUGCGGAGGCCUGCUCACGGACGUCCAGGGUGAGUUCAGCUCCCCUCACCAUCCCAGCUUCUACCCCCCCGCCCUGGACUGCAAGUGGACCAUUCAGGUCGCCGCUGGGCAGAAGGUGCGUGUGAAGUUCAACAUGUUCCGGAUGAAGGAGCCGGGGGUGGAUGUGCGCGAGUGUCACAAGGACUACGUGGAGGUGAUGGGCCGCAAGUACUGCGGAGAGCUGUCCUCCCUGUCUCUGACCAGCCCCACCAACACGAUGGACAUCUCCUUCCACUCGGACGAGUCGUACACGGACAAGGGAUUCAUCGCCACAUACAACGCUUUCAACCCCAAGGACCCUUGCCCCGGCCUGUUCGCCUGUGCGGUCGGAAUCUGCAUCGCCAAAGACCUGAAGUGUGACGGCUGGAACGACUGUGGUGACAUGAGUGACGAGAUGGACUGCAAGUGUGAGAAGGAGCAGUUCGCCUGUGACAACGGCAUGUGCAAACCCAACUACUGGGUGUGUGACCGCGUCAACGACUGUGGGGAUGACAGUGACGAAAAGCAGUGCAGCUGUGGCGACAACGAGUGGCGCUGUGGUGACGGAACGUGUGUCCCGCAGGACGUGGUUUGUGACACCAGGAAGGACUGUGAGGACGGCAGUGAUGAGGCCUCCUGCAAAGUUUCCCCCGGGAUCUGUUCAGACUACAGCUUCAAGUGUAAGGACAAGAGCUGUGUGAACAAGGUGAACGCAGAAUGCGACCGAGUCGCCGACUGCUCUGAUGAAAGCGACGAGACGAACUGUGACUGUGGUAUCAGACCCUACAAGCUGAACCGCAUCGUGGGGGGGCAGAACGCCGAGCUGGGGGAGUGGCCCUGGCAGGUGAGCCUUCACUUCAAGACCAGGGGUCACGCGUGCGGAGCGUCCAUCAUCUCCGACCGCUGGCUGCUGUCGGCGGCCCACUGCUUCAAGACCAUCAGUCCAGAGAACCACAUGGCGUCCAGCUGGCAGACCUACAGCGGCAUGCAGGACCAGACCAAGCAGACCGGGGUGGAGCGGCGGGGCCUGAAGACCAUCGUCAGCCACCCGGACUACAACCCCAUGACCUACGACUACGACAUCGCCCUGCUGGAGCUCAGCGAGCCGCUGGCGUUCAGCAACACCAUCCACCCCGUGUGCCUGCCCGCCCCCUCCCACGUCUUCCCCGCCGGCCUCCCGUGCUGGGUCACUGGCUGGGGCACGCUGCGGGAGGGAGCCAUGCGUGCUUCCAGGCUGCUCCAGAAGGCGGAGGUGAAGAUCAUCAACGACACGGUGUGCAACGUGGUGACGGAGGGCCAGGUCACCUCCAGGAUGCUCUGCAGCGGCUUCCUGUCAGGAGGGGUCGACGCCUGCCAGGGUGACUCCGGCGGGCCCCUGGUGUGUUUCGAGGAGAGUGGGAAGUGGUUCCAGUCGGGCAUCGUGAGCUGGGGGGAGGGCUGCGCGCGCCGCAACAAGCCCGGCGUGUACACCCGCGUCACCAAGCUGAGGGACUGGAUCAGGACCACGACCGGGGUGUGACCCCCCCCCCCCCAUGUAGGCAGACCCCAGGGGGGCUCCAGACCCGUCUCUCCAGACCAGUCUCAACACGGUCUAAUCAUCCAAUCAGGGACGGGGGGGCUCCUCGACCGAAAGAACACUUUGAUUAGGCUUCAUAGCCCCCCAUUGAGACUUUGUUCUAGCCAUUAGCUUGCUAUGUUUUGGACAUUUUCUCUUAUUUUGAACAAGGAAAUGUGUGUAUUUAGAGACGCCCCCCCCCCCCAAUCCACCACAAAGAAUGCCUUAUCCAACCAAACCUGAAUGCCUUAUCUGUCCAUGCUCGGGUAUGGCCAAUGAUAGUUGAGACCUUUUUUUUUUUUUAACUUGUAUAUGUUUUUCUAUUUAUGUCAUGACUCGACUCCAUUCUGUGUGAUGGCACCAGUGUGGACCGGUCCCAUCAGGUAUCCCACACUGGCCCACCCACUGAUCCCAGUGAUGCGCCGCUAAGCCCCGGACAUUAUUGGGUGUGAGGGGUCAGGUGACCGCUCCCUGGCCCGGGAUCAGUGCUUCUACCCCAGCCUCAGAGUCUGGAUGCACUGCUGGGCGCUGCGAUGCCUGUCUGCACGCGGAGCUCUGACCGGGGGUCCCCAUCUCCCCGUUGAGAGCUCCAACCAACAAAUGAGGUUGUUUUUUUUUACGAGAGGCCAAAGAAAUUGAUAGGGUUGUUUUUUCCCUUAUUUAUUCUCUUCCUUUUUAUUUUGUCGUUUUUUCAUGCCAAUUUUUUAAUCAGAGAUUUAACCCAUAUUUGAUUGAAUAUGAUUUUACUCAUAUUUUACCAUGGAUGUAAUUAAUAUAUGAAUAUUGAAAUAUCAAUACUCCGGUAUUGUUUUUUCAUCGCAAAUUGCGUAGGGGACCUUUGUGUUGUGUAAAUGUGGAUUGUCUAACACAACAUGACGGCGCCUUGUGGUGUUAGUACGCAGGUUAAGGGGCCAUCUUCAACAUGUCGAUUGUUUAUUUGUUUAUUUGUUUCUUUUUCCCAGGGAUGAAUUUUAAUGGCUUCCAGUGUGUUUCUAUGUGUAAUGUUUUAAUACGAGCCGAUUUAAUGAGAAUAAACGAGCAGGAUCAGAAUGUUAAGUGGCCGCUAAUUAGACGACGGUAUAAUGUAUCUGCGAUACGCGCUCAUCCAGCCAGCGCGCUUGUUAUGUUGUUGUGUUUUGAAAAGUCCCUUAUGUGAGACCUGCUCUCCUCACGUGGGGGGGGGGUUGGCUGGGUGUGAGGUACUCCCCUUCUCUCUCUCUCCCCCCCCCCCCCCAGGUUAACCGUGUUCGUCUGCCUGGGCAAUCGCAUCCGGUGAGGUUAGGAAGUGGGUGUUGGGAGGCUUCAUGUGUGGGGGAGGGAGAGAGGCGGUUAGGAGAGGGAGAGAUAUAUACUCCUCUUGCCUCCCGCAGGUAAACCGGGCCAGUCCUUGUACCUGGGCAACCGCAUCCUAUUAGCCCAGGAAGAGGGCUUGGUGCCAUCGUGGGGGAGGGGGCUACAUGCGUAGGGAGGGAGAGAGAGAGAUGGGGGUGAGUGAGAGGAGAGACAGGACGAGAGGGGGUCCUCAUUUGUCUUCAUUAAAAAGCUCCGCUGGGGGUAAAAGAAAAUCAACAAAGACAGCGGUGCUAAUUUUCAGUAUUCAUCACGGCGGCUGCGGAGGACUUGUUUGUCACUGUUUUUCCCCCCCCUCACUCCGGGGGGCCACCACUGCGGUCGGCUCCCAGGAUCCACACACACGCAGGGCGGUGCAGUUAUCAGAAAUGGUUUUAUUUAAAUAUAAAUAUGUGUACAAAGUUACAAGCAACAAUAGCUCAUUUUUUUUUUUAGCAAAUAAAAAGUCUUAAUACAUUAUUAAAAAAACAACAAAAAAAUGGCAAUUAGUUGUUCUUCCUCCAAAAAAGGUAACUCUGCAUUCGGUGACUGAUUAACGAACUGAACGUAGAUGUGGAGACUCAAAUCAAUAUAUAGUUACAUAUGUAUAUAAUAUAAAGGUACUUUACAAUAGAGCAGCUCACUCGCUGUACAUUAAGGCAUAUAUAAAAUAUAAAAAUAAAGACAAGCAAUGAUCCUUCAUGGUGGACUGGGUCUCCCGGUAACCGAUGGCAACGGAUGGCAGUACAGGAUGGAUGGAUUGGGGGGGCGGGGCCCGGUGCAGAAUGUCUCACAAUGGGGAUGGAAACAAACACUGGAGAGUUUCACGAGACGCGUCGUUUGCAUGCAACAGAGAGAGUUUGAGCGCACCCCGUCUGUACAAGUGUUCAGUCCCUCGACCUCGCGGCCGCUCGCUUUUCCUUUGCCUUCUCUUGUAAACAUUAAAACUAUCUGUGUUGCAAAAACCAGAGAACGGACGGUUCCAAAAUGGCACUGUUUCGCACACUGUAACCAAUCACAAUCCAUUGGGUUUGAGGACUGUGUUCGGGUCUAUUAGGUUGAUCCAGAUUGCCAGCACAACCAGACCACCUAUGUUUGUUCUAGUAAUAGUCUUCAGCCAAUUUCAACUCGGGAGAUUGCAGAAGG